AUGGAUCUGCAAGUCCACAUUUUUCUCAUUUCUGCAAUCACUGCCCUCAUUGGGGCCUGCCCGGAUGAAUACUUUGAGAACUUUGCAGAGCACCUCACAAAUUUAGCUGUGAAGGACACAGAUAUCAAAGAAGUCUUGCCCAAAACUUUUCACCACACCAUCAAUUUGGAGAACCUGUCGUUACCUCCCUCACUGUUCUCACCACUUAAAGUCAAUACUAGUCUAAUCAAUCUAGAUCUCAGCAAAAAUCAGUUAACUUCAGUGCCAGACAAUGUCUUCAGUGGACUUCAUAAUCUCAAUCACCUGCGGUUGAACAAAAAUCACCUUAAGGAACUCCCAGCUGGUGCAUUUGAUGACCUUGAAAACCUUCAAGUCUUAGCACUUCAGGAUAACCAAAUUGCUCAAUUACCAGCAAAGUUGUUCUCUAAUCUUCAGAAACUUCAAAGCCUAUUUCUUUCCAAUAACAAGAUUUCUGUGCUUCCUGAGGGUAUCUUUACAAGCCUACCAAGUCUUAAAAGACUUUCCCUAUAUGACAACGAAUUGCAAAAGUUGUCUUAUGGGACUUUUGGACCUAUGCUCAUUGAGCAGCUUUGGCUCUAUGAUAACAAAUUAAGCACUUUGGAAGACGAUGUAUUCAGCAAUCUCACCAGCGUUAAACUUCUGGUGCUCAGCCGAAACCAGAUUGAGUCCAUCUCUGCUAAUGCUUUUAGUGGUCUAACGGAAAUACAGGAAGUGUCUCUGCACACCAACCGUAUCAUUAAUAUUAAGAAGAGUACGUUUGCCAAUCUUCCCAAGCUGGUCAACAUUUCUUUGGAGCACAACAAAAUUGAGUCAAUCUCUGCGGAUGUUCUACAAGGUGUGUCACAUAUACACCAAUUGGAUUUGCGAAAUAACUCUCUCCAAAAUCUAGAUCAGGACUUUUUGGAGUCUCUCCACAUCGUGGAUGAAGUGCUUCUGACUUUGAACCCCUGGAAAUGUGACAAGGACAUUAUUCCUCUCAGGGACUGGUUGAAACAGUUUCCCCUAAAAGUGCCUAGCUCAGAAGGUAUAUUGUGCCUGGGACCAACAUCACUCUCGGAUUUUGUCAUCCGGGACAUACCAGAUAAGAAUCUUAUCCAGCCAACGACCCAAGCUCCGACCGAGGUGGACCCUGUGACCCCAACAGAAAAGAGGAGAAGACCACACACAACCCCAUCACGAAGAAGCACACCCCUACCCACCAUCAAUGCCACUACAAAAUCAGACCAGGGUGAGGACACCAGUAGUGGACAGGGCAAUGGUACAAGCCAGUUACAGGGCAAUCAUUUGAUCAUCAUUACAGUGGUCUGCAUGGCCAUCAUCGUCAGUACCAUUUUAGGCGUGGCCUGCUGGAGGAGGUACAAGAGAGAUAGCAGAGACUUGCACCAGCAGCCAAAAUCAAACUCAGUCAUCUAGCCCAUUUUACAGAAGCUUGAAAUCAGAGGUAUUUGACACUGCUCCAGCAGAUCUGUCCUUCUCUUUGUGUGGGUACCACUGCAUUAAACAUUAGACUAGCACUGUGCAUUUCCGUAGGACUGAAAGUCAGUUCUUACACGUACUGAAAUAAAGACUCUUUUGGACAAAGACUUUGGUUAGAUUUCCAUUUAGUCAACAUAUCCUAAAACGCUGCUUUAAAGCUCUAUCAUAGAUUCACUUUGGCCUUUGUGAUUUAAAUGAUUUGAAAUUCUUUAUAUAUAUUUUGAAAGUGUGUAUUUUUUUUAGUAAAUUGAAUGUUGAAUUUUAAUAUCUGCUUAAAUUUGAUUCAAACAAAUGCAUUGGUUUGAAUGUGCAAACUGCUAUGGAAAUUAAGAUAUGUCAUACUGUAAUAAACACCUGGCAUCAAUGUGUCAAAAUACUAGGCAUGUGUAUGAUAUAAUGUUUCUACCAUAUCAUGUUCACUACUUCAGUCCUUUGCGUGACCAAUAAAUCCUUUCACUCUGA